AUGACAUGCAUCGGAAAUUCUGGCCCGCUUGACGAAGAGGUUGCUAAAGCCAUUGAAGAGAAUAACCUCGUCGUCGCUGGAGUACUCUCCGGCAACCGAAACUUCGAGGGUCGUAUUCAUCCACAUGUUCGAGCCAAUUACCUCGCAAGUCCUCCUCUUGCAGUUGUCUACUCCAUACUUGGAAAUGUGUAUGCCAACAUCGAAAAGGGAUCGGAACAAUGGCAGAAACUAGUGACGCCGUCAACCAAACUGUACCCAUGGGACAAGGAGAGCACCUACAUCAAAAAAGCACCAUUUUUUGAUGACAUGACCAUUGAUCUUCCGCACCAAUCGUCCAUAUCUGACGCUUUUGUGUUGUUGAACUUGGGUGAUUCGGUCACCACAGAUCACAUCUCGCCGGCUGGUUCCAUUUCCAAGGUUAUGGCCUGUGGAACGUUCGCCAAUAUUCGUCUUGUGAACAAGCUCGCCUCAAAUGUAGGGCCGAAGACCCUUCAUAUACCUUCUGGACAAGAGCUGGACGUUUACGAUGCCGCCAUGAAAUAUGCCGAAGAGGGUCACCCGGUUAUCAUACUUGCUGGUAAGGAAUACGGUUGCGGAUCAUCCCGAGACUGGGCGGCCAAGGGACCUUAUCUGCAGGGAGUAAAAGCUGUUAUCGCUGAGUCAUUCGAGCGAAUUCAUCGAUCCAAUUUGAUUGGUAUGGGAAUAAUACCUCUUCAAUUUAAAAAUGGUGAAAACGCGGAGAAGCUAGGACUCUCCGGAAAAGAACAAUUCAGCAUUCAUGUGCCUGACGACCUCAAAGUUGGUCAACAUUUGCAGGUGACUGUGUCUACCGGGCAAACCUUCGAGGUCGUGUGCCGUUUCGACACUGAGGUCGAGCUCACCUACUAUCGCCAUGGUGGAGUUCUGCAGUAUAUGAUCAGAAAGCUUAUACAGUGUUAG